AUGGCUCCGCCUACCAACACUCGCGGUGGCUCAAAUGCGCGCACCCCAAGAGGCUCUGGGCGGGGAGGCGGACCUCGGAAUAGGGGCAGUGGCGCCAAGGUUGAUCGCAACGGUGACGUGAUCAUGGGCAACAGUCCCGUCGCAAAGGGAGAUGGAAUAAGGAAGAGCAGCAACUCAUCACGAGGCCGUGGUGGAUCGCGCUCAAACGCUACAGCAGAGCAAAAGAUUCGAAGGCAUCUGGGCGUUACCGACGGCGGCAGUCUGGCAAAGCGAGUGUCGGAGCUUCCGCGCAAGAAGUUCAGCAGUCAUGCAAAUCGCAAAGUUUUCAGGAUUGUGGGCUUGGAGCAGAGUAAGGCAGCCUCAAAUGCCGAUCGAGGAGAAAAAGGAAUGCUUGAGUUUUUGGAACGGAAGUCGUCGAAUAUGGGUCGCGGUGUCAAGAUCAUCAAGUCACGGCUCGACAGUGACUUUGUUCUUCAUGUCAUGGUGUCUCAGGAAGAUGCUGAAGAGCUUGCGAAGCUGAACGGUUUCUCAUUCGCCGGCGCAAAGCUUAUCGUCUCCGAGGACCCACAAGGAUGGCCUUCGCAGACGGACGCCAAGCCCAAACUAUCCCAAGAGUCGUUGGAGCGAAAGAGCCAGCUGCAGCAGGUUCUGAGCAACCGGUACGACCCUACGACCAAGCUGCUCAACCUAUCUGCCCUGGGCGAGGAUCCCGUUCUUAUCGGCAUGGGCUACUUGAGCGAGAAAGAUCGUGCGGAAAAGACCUUUAAGGUUCUCAUGGCAAUUUGUGAUGAGACAUUUCCCACAGCAGAAGCAAAGCGAGAGGCAGUUCUCAGCGUGUCACUGGCCAACAACAAUAUCGAUUAUGUCGGACAAGUCUUUGACUUGGCCGAAACAUUUCCGGAACUAAAACAUCUGGACUUGAGCGGCAACCAAUUUAAAUUCUUGAAAAGUCUCAAUAGGUGGAGAGGACGUUUUCGCAACUUGGAGACACUCCUCAUGACAGGGAACCCUGUUGAGAAGGAAGACCCGAACAUGGUAGCAGAGCUCCUACAGUGGUUCCCAAAGCUCAUGAACCUGAGCGGCAUUCAGGUCCGAACCCCGGAGCAGAUCGCUGCUGCCGAAGCUGCAAAGGCUGCAGAAAGACCUACGCCAAUUCCGCAAUUCGGCCCAGACUUCCGUGACAGCAGUGGGAUCGGCGAAGCAUUUCUGACACAGUUUCUUCAACUCUACGACACCGACAGAGCACAGCUUGUGAACACCUUUUAUGACAGCUCCAGCCAGUUCUCUCUUUCUGUCACCACAGCUUCACCACGAGAUCACGGUGACACCCCAGUGCUUCCAUGGGCCGCGUACCUACGGUAUUCUCGGAACCUCACCAAAAUCACAACGAGAAGUGCACGCAUACAGCGGCUGGUCAAGGGUGCUGCCGUGAUCAGGGAACUCUGGAACACACUACCACAAACAAAACACCCAGAUCUGAAAACGGGGCUACAAAAAUACAUUGUCGACUGUCAUCCGCUUCCCGGUAUUUCGGAUCCCUCUGGCCAGAGUCCGGUUGGCGUGGAUGGUCUCCUGAUUUCUGUGCACGGCGAAUUCGACGAGCUCGACUCAGCCACCGGGAAGUCUGGCAAGCGUAGCUUCACACGCACAUUUGUCCUUGGUCCGGCUUUGCCUGGCGCUGCGACUGCGUUCCGCGUUGUCAACGACAUGCUGUCCUUGAGAGCACAUCAAGACAUUCCCGAACAAACCACCAACACGGUAUCGGAACAAGGCCAGAAGCAAGAACUCAUAGCCGAGCUCUCUAAAGUCACCAACAUGAAUCCGCAGUACUCAGAGAUGUGUUUGGCGGAGGCUGGGUGGAAUUUCAGUGCGGCUAUUGCAAAGUUCAAUGAAAGUCAGCCAAACCUUGGCCCUGAAGUCUUCAUGGCUCCUAUGUAG